UAUACUUACUCGAGGUCCCUUGGUCACUCUCGCACCAAGUACCAGCACCAGAACACCAGCACACAAUUCGAAACUGCGUACCCAGCACCUGUACGCCUCACAAGCAGCCAUUUCAUUGUUCCAACCAACUUGUAAGCAAGAACAACAAUGUCGGUAACGAUCGAGCUUCCAAAGGAGUAUGGCUAUGUAGUUGCGACUACCGCUGCCACAUUCUUCCUUGGAUUUUGGCAUGGCUUGCGAGGAGGAUUGGCACGAAAGCCUACCGGUCUGAAAACCCCGAAGGCAUUCGCAGAUAGCGGAGAUAUUGCUGCGGCCAAGGACAAGGAACAGGCAAAGGCCAUGCAUGUGUUCAACUGCAAACAGCGAGCCCACGCCCAUUACAACGAAGUACAGCCCUCGACCGCAUUAGCCAUGCUGAUUGCAGGCCUGGCAUACCCCCGAACCACAACAGGUCUCGGUAUUGGCUUCAUCAUUGGCAGAAUAGUGUAUGCGAUUGGCUACUCGAAUGUGGACAAGCCGAACGGUAGUGGAAGGGUGCUUGGAUUCGUUAUCAGCCAACCUAUAGCGCUAGCUUUGUGGGGUCUAGCAGGCUGGACAGGUGUCAAACUGGUACUGUGAGCUCGUUCUUUUGGGUGGCCCAGGAUUCCAUGACUGAUUACCAGCUGGGCGACUGGACCACUGGACGUAAUGUAAGGAGCUUCAUGCCUCCGCUCGUGAAGGAGAGGGGAAUUGGAGACAGUGCAGCUCUCGAGCAUCGCGGUAUCGAUAAUCGCAUACCCAACUU